AUGGGGGAUGAUUCUAGUAAUCUUGAAGACACAGUAAUGAAUAACAGCAUUGAAGGGGAAGCUGAAGGAGAAGAGAGAGAUCCAGAAAGCAAUCCACUGAAUCAGCCACUGCUCAAGAGGAAUCGGACACUUUCCACCAAUCCACUAGCUCUCGUCGGAGCCAAAGUUUCCUACAUAGAAAGCUUGGACUAUGAGAUUAAUGAGAAUGAUCUGUUCAAGCAUGAUUGGAGGAGCAGAUCGAAAGUUCAAGUUUUGCAGUAUAUAUUCUGUAAAUGGUCACUGGCUUUUCUUGUUGGACUUCUUACUGGACUUGUAGCAACCCUCAUCAAUCUUGCAAUCGAGAACAUAGCGGGUUACAAGAUUCUCGCUGUUGUCGGAUUCAUCGAGAACGACAGGUAUUUGGCGGGCUUCUUAUAUUUCACCGGCGUGAAUUUCUUGCUAACAUUCGGUGCUGCUGUUCUGUGUGUGUGUUUUGCACCCACAGCAGCCGGACCUGGUAUACCUGAAAUCAAAGCUUACCUUAAUGGCGUCGAUACUCCCGACAUGUAUGGUGCCGCGCCAUUGAUAGUCAAGAUAAUUGGAAGCAUUGGAGCUGUAGCUGCAGGGCUAGAUUUAGGAAAAGAAGGACCAUUGGUACAUAUUGGGGCCUGCAUAGCUUCCUUACUAGGCCAAGGAGGCACUGAAAAACACCGGAUCAAAUGGCGAUGGCUUCGAUAUUUCAACAACGAUCGAGACCGCCGAGAUCUCAUCACAUGUGGAGCUUCCUCAGGGGUUUGUGCGGCAUUCAGGGCACCUGUUGGAGGAGUUCUGUUCUCUCUAGAAGAGGUGGCAACCUGGUGGAGAAGUGCUCUCCUCUGGAGAACCUUUUUCAGCACAGCUGUGGUGGCAGUAGUGCUCAGGGCCUUCAUUGAAAUCUGCAAUUCUGGGAAAUGUGGCCUCUUUGGCACAGGAGGGUUGGUCAUGUUUGAUGUCAGCAGUGUAACAGUGAGAUACCAUGUAAUGGACAUCAUCCCUGUUGUCCUCAUUGGCAUCAUUGGUGGGGUAUUGGGAAGCCUCUAUAACCAUCUUCUUCACAAGGUCCUCAGAGUCUACAGUAUCAUCAAUCAGAAGGGGAAAAUACAGAAGCUCCUACUCAGUCUCUCAGUUGCACUCUUCACAUCAGUUUGCCAAUAUUGUCUUCCAUUCCUAGCAAGAUGCAUCCCCUGCGAUCCUUCGCUUCCAGAAAAGGCCUGCCCCACAAAUGGGCGGUCUGGAAAUUUUAAACAGUUCAAUUGCCCCAGUGGUCACUACAAUGAACUUGCUACUUUGUUGCUUACCACUAAUGACGAUGCUGUUAGAAACAUAUUCUCAACCAACACCCCACAUGAGUAUCAUCCGUCUUCCCUCCUAAUUUUCUUUGCACUAUAUUGCAUAUUAGGACUUAUUACUUUCGGGAUAGCUGUGCCAUCUGGGCUCUUCCUUCCAAUAAUCCUCAUGGGUUCUGGUUAUGGCCGUCUUCUUGGCCUCUUGAUGGGACCUCACACAAAAAUAGACCAGGGGCUGUUUGCUGUUCUGGGUGCAGCCUCCCUGAUGGCGGGUUCAAUGAGAAUGACAGUAUCAGUUUGUGUGAUCUUCCUUGAACUCACCAACAAUCUUCUGCUACUACCCAUUACAAUGAUUGUUCUCCUGAUAGCCAAGACUGUUGGAGACAGUUUUAACCCUAGCAUCUAUGAUAUUAUACUGCACUUGAAAGGCCUUCCAUUCUUGGACGCAAAUCCUGAACCAUGGAUGAGAAAUCUCACAGUGGGUGAGCUUGUCGAUGUAAAAGCACCGGUGAUUACCCUCAGUGGAAUAGAGAAGGUGGCUCGUAUAGUGGAAGUUCUUAAAAACACUACACAUAAUGGUUUCCCUGUAGUGGAUGAACCAGCGGAAGCUUCAACAGGGGUGGCCAAGCUUCAUGGACUGAUACUAAGAGCACACCUUGUGCAAGCGCUAAAGAAGAAAUGGUUCAUGAAGGAAAGGAGGAGGACAGAGGAAUGGGAAGUGAGAGAGAAAUUUACGUGGGUGGACCUGGCAGACAGAGAAGGGAACAUUGAGGAGGUGGCCGUGACGAGGGAAAUGGACAUGUUUGUUGAUCUUCAUCCUUUCACCAAUAGAACUCCUUUUACAGUUCUGGAGAGCAUAUCCGUGGCAAAAGCGAUGGUCCUCUUCAGACAACUAGCACUUCGACAUAUGCUUGUUUUGCCCGAUUAUCAAGCAUCUGGGGUAUCUCCUGUAAUUGGGAUCUUGACCAGGCGGGAUCUACUAGCCCACAACAUUCUUACAGUCUUUCCUCACCUGAAAAAAUCGUGAGCGCAGAGAAAAAAAAGGGAACUAAACCUUCCCUGACAAUUGAACGGCCCAGCAGCUUUUCUUUGAACAAGUCUGAGGUCUCCAUUUUUAUUCUUGAGAAAGUACGGGGAUCAAAGUACAGGGAGGGAUGAUAUACAAGGAGGUGUAUAACUAUAUUCAAUGGAGUACUUUUCUAUUCACUCUUGAUGUUCCCGCAUAAUUGAUCCGCUUUUUUCCAAAAUUUUUUAAAAUGAGAGCAUUUAUCUAUUUCGUUUCUUCCA